AUGGUGGCCAUGCGUGCGAAGAUGGUCGAGUUGAAAAGCAAACUUGCCAAGCUUGAAGCUGCACGCGUGAAUGGAGUGAUCACCAUGCAACCACGUGCCGAUGCACCCAAGCCGAAAGAGUUCAAAGGUUCACGAGUGGCAAAGGACGUGGACAACUUUCCGUGGUACAUGGAACGCUACUUCCAGACUAUGGGAAUGACCAAUGACCGUCGUAGGUCGGAUGAUAGGAAUGGCGACCCUAUCAUGACAUGGGCUUGGUUCGUCGAGGAAUUUCGGCAAACAUACUAUCCCGCUUAUGCGACGGAGGAAGUUCGCGGGGAACUCAAGCGCCUAGAACAAAAGGUUGAAGUCCGCGACUACGUGAAACGGUUCUCAAAGUUGUUGCUCCAAAUCCUGUCCAUGAUCGAGACGGAAGCAUUCCAUCAGUUCAUGAGCGGACUCAAACCAUGGGUCAAGCAAGAGCUCAAACGGUGCAAUGCAACGGAUCUCACAACGGCUACUUCCGUGGCCGAGUCCCUUGUGGAAUACAAACCAUCGUCCUCUACCAAGCUAGACUCUCGACCGAAAGAAAGGGCCAAUGGUGAGGGAGAUCGGAGCCGAUACAACCAUCCGAAUGGAGGCAAACCACCAUCGGUCCCUCCUAGGACUCAACCCGAGUCGAGCCAUGGAGGAUACCAUUGUAAGGUACGCACCUACAAGUACUUCUUUUGCGACAGUCCCCAUAUGGCCCGAGAUUGCCUGAAAGAAGGAAAGUUGGCAAUGUUGUGCAAGGAGAAUGAGCCACGAGAGGAGGCGCAGUUGGGAUCGUUACAGAUCCAUGGGUCAAUCAAGGUUAAGAAGGCUAAGGAACCCAAAUGGAUGAUAUUCAUAGAUGUAAAGAUCGGUGGUACCACGAUGAGUGCGCUCAUGGAUACUAGGGCAUCCGAUCUCUUCAUAUCCAAAAAAGCCACAAAGAAGUUGAAUCUUCCGGUCGAGACGAGUGAUGCCGAUUGGCUCAAAACGGUGAACUCCAAAGAAAUCCCGACUAGUGGCAUGGCUAGAGACGUGGAGCUGCACCUUGGUCCAUGGACAGCAAAGAGGAUAUCGAGAUUCCUCAAUCGGAUCAAUGCGGGCGUUAUGCCCUUCGCGGAUUGUAUUUGCAUCCUAGAUAAGUGGUGCCAAUGCAUGGUCCUAAUCUACUGCGAGUCGAGACACGAUAGGAAGAUGCUAUCGGCCAUGCAAUUGACAGAGGGGUUAUGGAAGGGCGAGGUGACCUUCUUGGCAGUGUUGAAGGAGGAGGGUGUGGAAGAAAGUGAGGUACCGGGAGAGAUGACCCAAGUCCUUGACGCCUUCCAAGUGAUGCUGCCUGAGCUGCCCAAGAAGUUGCCUCCUCGAAGAGAAGUGGACCACCGGAUCGAGCUUGUGCCCGAUGCUCGACCGCCGGCCAUGGCACCCUAUCGCAUGGCCCCGCCUGAGUUUAAGGAACUGAGGAAACAACUCAAAGAAUUGCUCGAUGCGGGGUAUAUUCGGCCGUCCAAGGCUCCGUUCGGUGCUCCAGUUUUGUUCCAAAAGAAACAUUAUGGAUCUCUCCGUAUGUGCAUAGAUUACCGAGCAUUGAACAAGCUCACUGUCAAGAACAAGUACCUGAUCCCGCUCAUUGCAAACUUAUUCAAUCAACUUGAGGAAGCCCAUUGGUUCUCCAAGCUUGAUCUACAAUUGGGAUACUAUCAGGUUCGGAUUGCCGAAGGGGAUGAGCCGAAAACUGCGUGCGUGACUUGCUACAAAUCGUACGAGUUCUUCGUCAUGCCUUUUGUCUUGACCAAUGCACUAGCUACGUUUUGCACUCUCAUGAACAAGCUGACACUCGAGGAACACGUCAAGCAUUUGAGUCGAGUUUUCCAGCUUCUCCAGGAAAAUGACUUGUAUAUGAAGAGUGAAAAAUGCGCCUUCGCGCAAGAGGAAGUCCCUUUCCUUGGGCACAUUGUCGAGGGCAAACGAGUACGGAUGGACGCGGCCAAGAUCCAUGCCAUUGUUGAAUGA